AUCGCAGCGACAGAACAGAGAGUGCAGAGCUCCAGAGUUCGUCUAGCAGUCGCCAGAAGCGGUACCGGGGUGGUUCCAUAGUAACAUUGCAUGCCGCGAAAAUUACUACGUGAAAAUCUAACCGACAACAAGGAAAAUGCGUGCCACCAUAUAUUUAAUUCUCGCUUUCGCAGUGUGCGGGGCUGUGAAACUGGACAACAACCCCUGGACAGUCUCCAACCCCGAAACGAACCGUUGGCUUCGUAAGGGUAGACUCCAGGACCACGACACGAACGCUACGUCCACCACCGCUACCACCGCGUCGAACACAACGCAACCCCCCGUGACUAGCGCGAAAUACGAGCAGAAAAAUCUGAAAUUUUCGACCUUGACCAAGUCCUUGUCGCAGGACACCACAUCCAGCCUCCCUUCGACCUUCUCACCGCAGACCUCUUCGAAAUUCAACACUUCCCCUACCUUCUCCGUCACGUUUUCCGAAACCACCCUCACCUCGUCCGAACCCCCGUAUUCCGAAUCCACUGACACGACGGAAACCACCCUAGAACCCAGGGAAAAUCCGAAACCUCACGAUUUCUACGCAGCCAAGGAAAAAUCGAGGGAAAAACUGCAUGUGAAAAUCGCUUCCAAUAUCAGCCAGAAUCUCCUACCUUUACCGGCUGGUGCGAGUGCAGCUUUAGUGAAGCCCACCAAAUACCAUUACUAUCCACAUAAUCAACACAUCUAUUUACUGCCAGAAUGUGCUAUCCAACAGGUGUGCAAUGCUGUAUAUAUUCGGCUCAACUGGACUCAGCCCUUAUGUGCAUGUCCUUCAAGGUACAGGGAUCCAUGUUCAGCAUCCUUGAAUGCUGACGAUCUUCAUACAACCGAGCUUAUGGUGGAGAGAAAAUCGAAGGCUCUCACUCUGGUGAAAACAUGCGAGCCAAUUUCCGAAAUGAGAAUAUGUAGAUCACCCAAAGAUUGGUCCCUUCUUGCUCUCCAGAACAUAAGAACUGGCAAAUCUCAUUAUCUGGUCAUCUGCAGAUGCCCUGAAACAAGAAUAUUAGAGGGUCCAAUGUCCCACGACCAGCCCACCUACGCGAGCGUUCCAGGAAUCCGGGUGUAUGGUAUGAUCUGCACAGACGACAACAGAUCCAGGAGGGGAUUCCCCUACAGGACAACCAGAUCAGUCAAGGAUGCUCCACCGUUUCCCUUCGAAAAGGCAUACGAACUCGCUCUGAACGCCAACUGGGAUUGAAUGUAUUAUAAACUCCAUGUACCAAAACGUACAAUGUGUUUCGAAAAUUGAGGAUAUUUCUUUUAUGAGUUUUUUUGUAUCUUCUUCCUCGAAAUUUAAUAAAAAAGGAACUGCAGGCAUGUUAACCCAGUGGAAAUCGUGAAUGAUCUGUAAGGACAUGCGUAUAAGACAAAUAUAUGUCUAUCUGCUCACUGCACUGCGCGUGCAUCUCAGUUGUGUUAGUAAGCUUCGGCAUACGCAUGCGUUUCUUGUGGUUUGGAAUUUUUCUGUUAUUUCCCCGUUUCCAUGGAAAUGUGAUUUGUUGUUUUUGAAUUCAUAUGGUUGGGUAAGGGGUUUUUGGGGCUUCUUUCAGCGCGUGAUUAACCAGAGUCCAAAGGGAAUAUCUUUUGAAUGAUUAACACACUGAUUCAAUAAAGGAAAUGCAUUUUCUGCUGAUGAAUGGAGUUGCUUCAUUUCCGAUUUGAAUGAUUCGAGUUCAAGGAAUCUCCUCAAUUUUUUUACCGAUGAAUUUUUACGCUAUUCGUGUAUCAAUUCGUCUUUUAUAUCCCUGAGUGACAUUUUAAUUUAUUAUUUAAAUACCUUAUUGUUAUACUGCCAAAUCUAUUUAUUCUUAUUUAUUUUUCUACUGCAAUUAUUUCAAUUAAAUAUAAGUUUAAGUAUA